AUGAAGGCAUUUUUAGUCAUCAUUAUAUUUUCUAUGCCAAUACGCGGAGAAUGGUUUUCUUCAUUUUCCCACAUGGAAAAGCUGUUAGAAAAAGAAGUUGACCUCCUGAAAUCUCUGAGCGAUUACAUCACUUAUGAAAAUUCAAGACUGAAUUAUCUGGAAGAGGCAUUGAAAAUCAUGAACACUACUUCAUGUAGUUCUGCAAGUAAUGUCAGAGCAUGUAUGGAAAAUCCAAUUAAUCAGUACGCACUUAUGAAGCGGUUAGCAUACGUUUGGGAAGGAGUAAGAAGCGCUGUGAGCGAUAGAAACGCAUCUGAGAAAUUUUUAUGGACAAUUGACCGCAACCGUCCUACGUUACCAACUUCUCUUGAUGUCUUUGGAUCGAUUAGCGGAUUAAUUCGUAUUCAGUUAAUUUACGGUAUCUCUGCACCUGAUAUGGCUCUUGGGAUAAUUGGGAAAUCUGUUUCUGGAAUUUCACUUUCUGCGGGAGACUGUUAUGACAUCGGUGAUGUUGCUUUGGCGAAUAACCAGUCUCAAAUUUGUGCGGAGUGGCAAGAAACUGCCUUGAAUAAAAUGAGAAAUGGUGACAACUCCAUAAACGCCGAAAAAGUAUUAUAUCUGUUAGCUAGAUGCGUGUAUGCACACGGUAACUUACCUAUGGCGUAUGAAACAUUGCGAGAGAUUGCCAGAUUUGCCCCGGAUUUUAUUGAAAUGGCAGAUUUUUAUCGACAUGUUAUGGCGCAAGCAGAACAACAAAAGUUGGCGCCAUUUCUUGGUAACUUUUACGGUGUCCUUGAAAAGUAUGCCCAUGAAAAACCUUUGAAAAAUCACAGUCUUUUGGAACAACUUUGCCAAGGGAAGAAACCACUGACCAGAAUUCAGGGACCGCCAUUACGAUUAUCGUCGCCUCUGAUGUAUCGAGCAAAAGUCAGUAACGGCGAAAGCGGGGAAGAGAGAGCGACAGCAGAGUUACAAAAACAGUUUUUCUGGAGGAAAAACGUUUCGAAAUUGUGGCAAAUAAACAGAAGGGUAGCCGAUGUUACAAAGUUUGAUUCUCGUUACGUCGAAGAGUUAUCAAUAUCUAAUUAUGGCGUGGGAGGUCACUACGAUUUACACAUGGACGCAUUCGUGUAA